ACCGAAGGCUUAAAAAGUGUGCCGCGGCGCCGGACGGGACAGUUGGAGUGCUACCUCGACAAGCAGUGCUCGUGCUUCUACCGUAGGCUUCCCCGCCAGCACCAUGCUCGCGUUGACGUUGACCCUCGCGCUCCUGGCGUCGUCCGCCAGCCCCGCCAGCGCGCGCUUCAUGCCCCUGCACCGGUUCACCUCCCUGGAGGGCAUGGCCGUGGACUCGGACCUCGACGCCGCCGCCCGGCCGGCCCGCCACGCCCUGGACUUUGCCGCGUUCGACCGGCCGCUGAGCGCCGAGCCCGACCCGCACCACCGCGUCGCCAGGGACGCCGCCGAGGCCUGCGACUGCGCCAACGACGCCGACCUGGUGGGCGAGAUCGUCGAGUCGGCGCCCGUCAUGGAGGACACCCUGGACGCCCCCGUCUACCAGCAGCCCCUCAAGUCCGCCCAGUUCGUCGAGUCCCCCGAGGAGCUCCACGGCAGCGCGCUGUCCGCCGACGACGCCGAGUUCGACGACGACCAGGAGGCCACGCUCUGCGAGGGCGGCCUGGAGCCCCUGCUCGAGGCCUCCGACGAGCCCGGCGCGGGGAGGCCUGCCCGGCAGACGGGCCUCGAGGCGGACAAGGACAAGGACAAGGUGGAGGCUGCCGAAGAACAAACCCCCAAGGAAGGCGCGGACAAGGUGGAGGCUGCCGACGGACAACCGCCCAAGGAAGGCGAGUCGCAGGCGGAGCUCUUCCCUAUCCCAGAGGUCGUCCCCGCGGCCCAGGGCACACGCGCAGUAGCGGACACCCCCGUGGACGCCACCGCCGACGCCACCGCCGACGCCACCGCCGACGCCUCCGAAGCCCAGCAGCAGGAGCCCGAGGAGGCCGAGCCGGUAGAGGUGGAAGCCUCCGCGUAAGCAGCAGCCCUCUCAUUGGGCACUGACUCGCUAGCUGCCACGCCACGCCCUGCCCGACCAGCCCAGCCCAGCGCAGCGCAGCGCACCCCGUCGGCCGUCGACGGCGGGCUUCGUGGAGCGUCGUCAGCAGCCGCCAUCGGUGGCCUGACGGCCUGUCGGCUGACCUGGCCGUGCUGGCGGCCUUCUUCGAGUGGCCGGGCACCGACCGCGCGACGCAGCUGGAAGUGGGGACGUUUAAAGACGAUGGGGAGGGGGAAUCGGAGGAGGCCCUGGACAACUGUUUCUUGACUGAUUAAUUAGGUAUAUUCGCUCUCGCUCUAGGUGUAAGUUAUUUAUUAAAACUUAGUGGUAAAUAAAAAAAUUAA